AUGGACGAUAUAGACCCCCGGGACCACCUGUCCCUUAUGAAGGGGGCUAAAGAGAUGGUGAAGGAAGCCAAACGGCAAGCCACUAAGAAGGUCAACACAGUGGUUGACCGAGCAUCAGAUGAGUACUCCCACAGCCAUGCCUAUCACCGCUUCCAGGAUGAAGACGAUGGCGAAUACUAUGACCCGCCUCAGGGCAACUAUGCAGGUGAUCACGCCAAUGAUGAAGGCUCCAGUGAUGCCACCGAAGGCCAUGAUGACGAAGACGAGAUCUAUGAGGGUGAAUACCAAGGAAUUCCCUCUGAAUCCGGGCAAAGGGAUGGGCAUGUGGCUUUGGGGCAGCCUGUAGCUGAUAGCCUUAAGGACCGUAAGGAGCUGGAAAGCGAGAGGCAAGCGGAUGAGGAGGAGCUAGCGCAGCAGUACGAGCUGAUCAUCCAGGAGUGCGGCCAUGGCAGGUUUCAGUGGCAGCUGUACUUCACACUUGGGUUAGCACUCAUGUCUGAUGGUGUGGAGGUUUUCGUAGUGGGCUUUGUGCUGCCCAGUGCUGAAACAGAUAUGUGCAUGCCUGAUUCAAGCUCUGGAUGGCUAGGUAGCAUCGUAUACAUUGGGAUGAUGGUGGGGGCUUUCUUCUGGGGGGGCAUGGCGGAUAAAGUGGGUCGGCGACAGUGUCUGCUUAUCUGCAUGUCCAUGAAUGGCUUCUUUGCCUUCCUGUCUGCCUUCGUACAAGGUUACGGCUUGUUCCUGCUCUGUCGCAUGAUAGCGGGCUUUGGGAUUGGUGGGACGGUACCUAUUGUGUUUUCUUACUAUGCGGAAGUCUUAGCGAGGGAGAAACGUGGCGAACAUCUGAGCUGGCUCUGCAUGUUUUGGAUGAUUGGGGAGAUCUACGCUUCUGCCAUGGCCUGGGCUAUCAUACCUCAUUAUGGAUGGAGCUUCAGCAUGGGUUCGGCAUAUCAGUUCCACAGCUGGAGGGUAUUUGUCGUGGUGUGUGCUCUGCCAUGUGUCUGCUCUGUGGUGGCUCUCACCUUCAUGCCAGAAAGUCCAAGAUUCUACCUAGAGGUGGGGAAACAUGAUGAAGCCUGGAUGAUCCUCAAGCAGAUCCACGACACCAACAUGAGAGCACGCGGACAGCCGGAAAAAGUCUUCACUGUAAAUCGAAUUAAAAUCCCAAAGCAGAUUGAUGAGUUUGUGGAGAUGCACCCAGAGACCAGUAACCUUGUGUCCAAAGUUAUUUUCCGAGUGAAGACAGAACUUUACGGGAUCUGGUUGACCCUCAUGAAGUGUUUCAAUUAUCCAAUGAAAGAUAACACUAUAAAGCUGGCCAUUGUGUGGUUUACACUGUCAUUCGGGUAUUAUGGCUUGUCUGUGUGGUUCCCUGAUGUGAUCAAACACCUUCAGGCUGAUGAGUACGCUUCUAAAGUGCAGUGGCACAAAAAUGAGCAAAUCGAGGACUUCACAUUCAACUUCACAUUAGAGAACCAGAUACACAUCAAUGGUGUGUUCAUCAAUGACAGGUUCAUAGGUAUGAAAUUCAAGUCAGUGACUUUCAUCAACACCACCUUUCAAAGCUGCCGCUUGGAAGAUGUAACGUCUGUGGGAUUAUUCUUCCGAAACUGCACGAUUACUGAUACUGAAUUCUAUAACACAGAUAUUGAUGACUCCAAACUCAUAAACACAAAAGUCACAAACAGCACGUUUUUUCACAACAAAACUGGUUGUCAGAUGACAUUUGAGCACGACUACAGCGCCUACUGGGUCUACUUUGUCAACUUCCUGGGGACGCUGGCUGUGCUACCAGGAAACAUUGUAUCCGCACUGCUCAUGGACAAAACGGGACGCUUAUCCAUGCUGGGUUUCUCCAUGAUCCUUUCUGGGAUCAGCUGCUUCUUUCUGUGGUUUGGCACCAGUGAGGCCAUGAUGAUCGGAAUGCUGUGUCUUUACAAUGGCCUCAGUAUCUCCGCCUGGAACUCACUGGAUGUGGUUACAGUAGAGCUAUAUCCUACUGAUAGGAGAGGGACUGGCUUUGGCUUCUGUAACGCCUUGUGUAAGCUGGCAGCAGUGCUGGGGAACCUGAUCUUUGGCUCUCUGGUCAGUAUUGCUAAAGCUAUCCCGAUCCUGCUGGCCUCCUCUGUGUUGGUGUGUGGCGGUCUGGUGGGAUUGCGGCUCCCGGACACAAGGUCCAAUGUCCUGAUGUAG